GGAAGGAAGAGUUCUCCCCAGCUGGGCUCCUGAGCCAGGGCCAGGGCUCCAGUGAAACUUGCCGCACUCCAGCUCCGAGUGGGGCCAUCCUGCAUGCCUAAUUGGCUAUUUAAGGAGCUGUUCGCCGGCAGCCCAGGCAGCCCCCCCGUCCCCACAUACACCCAUUCAGAGCCACCUUAAAAGCAGGAGGCAGUUGUAAAGUCGCUGGCCAGCUACUGGAGUGGAGACUGCAGAGGGAGAUAAAGAGAGAGGGCAAAGAGGCAGCAAGAGAUUUGUCCUGGGGAUCCAGAAACCCAUGAUACCCUACUGAACACCAAAUCCCCUGGAAGCCCACAGAGACAGAGACAGCAAGAGAAGCAGAGAUAAAUACAGUCACGCCAGGAGCGCUCUCUCUCUCUCUCUCUCCCUUCCCUCCCUCCCUCUCUCUCUGCCUGUCCUAGUCCUCUAGUCCUCAAAUUCCCAGUCCCCUGCACCCCUUCCUGGGACACUAUGUUGUUCUCCGCCCUCCUGCUGGAGGUGAUUUGGAUCCUGGCUGCUGAUGGGGGUCAACACUGGACAUAUGAGGGCCCACAUGGUCAGGACCAUUGGCCAGCCUCUUACCCUGAGUGUGGAAACAAUGCCCAGUCGCCCAUCGAUAUUCAGACAGACAGUGUGACAUUUGACCCUGAUUUGCCUGCUCUGCAGCCCCACGGAUAUGACCUUCCUGGCACCGAGCCUUUGGACCUGCACAACAAUGGCCACACAGUGCAACUCUCUCUGCCCUCUACCCUGUAUCUGGGUGGACUUCCCCGAAAAUAUGUAGCUGCCCAACUCCACCUGCACUGGGGUCAGAAAGGAUCCCCAGAGGGGUCAGAACACCAGAUCAACAGCGAAGCCACAGUUGCAGAGCUCCACAUUGUACAUUAUGACUCUGAUUCCUAUGACAGCUUGAGUGAGGCUGCUGAGAGGCCUCAGGGCCUGGCUGUCCUAGGCAUCCUAAUUGAGGUGGGUGAGACUAAGAAUAUAGCUUAUGAACACAUUCUGAGUCACUUGCAUGAAGUCAGGCAUAAAGAUCAGAAGACCUCAGUGCCUCCCUUCAACCUGAGAGAGCUGCUCCCCCCACAGCUGGGGCAGUACUUCCGCUACAAUGGCUCGCUCACAACUCCCCCUUGCUACCAGAGUGUGCUCUGGACAGUCUUCUAUAGAAGGUCCCAGAUUUCAAUGGAACAGCUGGAAAAGCUUCAGGGGACAUUGUUCUCCACAGAAGAGGAGCCCUCUAAGCUUCUGAUACAGAACUACCGAGCCCCUCAGCCUCUCAAUCAGCGCAUGGUCUUUGCUUCUUUCAUCCAGGCAGGAUCCUCGUAUACCACAGGUGAAAUGCUGAGUCUAGGUGUAGGAAUCUUGGUUGGCUGUCUCUGCCUUCUCCUGGCUGUUUAUUUCAUUGCUAGAAAGAUUCGGAAGAAGAGGCUGGAAAACCGAAAGAGUGUGGGCUUCACCUCAGCACAAGCCACAACUGAGGCAUAAAUUCCUUCUCAGAUACCGUGGAUGUGGAUGACUUCCCCUCAUGCCUAUCAGGAAGCCUCUAAAAUGGGGUGUAGGAUCUGGCCAGAAACACUGUAAGAGUAGUAGGCAGAUGUCCUCCUUCCCCUGGACAUCUCCUACAGAGAGGAAUGGACCCAGGCUGUCAUUCGAGGAAGAACUGCAGAGCCUUCAGCCUCUCCAAACAUGUAGGGGGAAAUGAGGAAAUCGCUGUUGUUAAUGCAGAGAACAAACUGUUUAGUUGCAGGGGAAGUUUGGGAUAUACCCCAAAGUCCUCUACCCCCUCACUUUUAUGGCCCUUUCCCUAGAUAUACUGCUGGAUCUCUCCUUAGGAUAAAGAGUUGCUGUUGAAGUUGUAUAUUUUUGAUCAAUAUAUUUGGAAAUUAAAGUUUCUGACUUUAAUUCUGGCCUAUCCUUUGAGGCUCUUGAGGGUGGGCAAGUUCCUGAAUCCCUCAGGUGGUAAAGAUGGGCAAAGGAUGGGGAAAAGCAGCAUGGGUGAUUAACUCCUUUUAUCCCACCCCUGGAAGGAAACAUUAGCUUCUGGGAAAACACUUAACCCAAAGUUUCAGACAUGUUAAGCCACUAGCCCAGAUUUCUGCCCUUGCACCAAGGCUAUGCUUGGAGAUCAGUGGUUGCCAGGUUAGGAAAGUGGCUGGACAAGAGAUCUGAGGACAGAAAUCUCAAUUAACAUGCUAUCCCCUCCCUUAAAAGCCAAGUUCCCCCACAAUUACAAAUUCUUUUUUAUUAGUCAAAAUCACAAUCACCUUGAUUAAAAGGAUGGGACACUCCACCCUCAGCAGAAAAUGAUACAGUUUAUAGAAAACCUCCCCACCCCUCCCACACCCCAAUUAAAAACUACAAAAAAAUCUCCCCUCCUUCCCUACGAUGUCAUGGUAGUCUGACUCCUCCAGUGGCACUGCAGCUCUGGAGUGGCCAACUCACCACAGCACCCUCCACUUCACCUUGGGGAGAGGAGGGAUGCUGGUGGUUAAGGAGGUUAAAACCAUUAGUUCCAGUAAUGCCAGUUCCCAAACAUGCACUUCCUUCCUUUCCCCCAAGGUCUGGGACCAAGGAGAAAGGGACCGAAAUGAGCCCAGUCAUGAGGAGCAACUUGAGGAGAGAAAAUGUAGCCCAAGGAGGUUAGAAGAGUUCCAACAUACCUCCUCCCU